AUGUCAAACUCCCUUGGUAGGCUCGGUGUCCUGCCAUGCGAGAUUAGAAACGAAAUAUAUCAGCAGAACGGCUUCCCAUUCAAGGUCUUCGAGCCUACAUUCCAGGUCUACGACUGGCGCGUUCCUUCCGUGAACCUUCAAGACUCGACUGGGGCAAUUCUUUUGGUCUCUAAAAUUGUGUAUCAUGAAGCAAGCGGCGUACUCUACAACAUAUCGAUACGCAAGUCAUUGUUCAAGUUUCGUCUCCAUUGGGACGAGACUUGGCUUGCAAAAUUCAGGACAGACCAGGAUGAUCAUCAACGCUAUCCUGAGGUAAAGACACAAGCUGUGACUCGAUACGAGUGGCCAAACAUCGACAUCCCGACGAUGCUAAGAAUGAAGAAAGUGGCCAUUCAGGUGGACAUAUCAUCCUUGCCCGUCCAAUCAGACUUACAAAGAUCACUGCGAUUCAAAUACGCGGAUGCUGCCCGCGCAUGGUGUAUGGAUAGAUUUCUCGAUAGAUCUAAUCUUGGCGAUUGCAUGAUUAUCACAUUUAAUCACGACGGGAUUGACUUCAGGCAGUGGAUCUACCGUCGUGCCAGGUUCUUCCUCUACAACUUCUGUCUAUUCAAAGUUGUGGUAAUGGUAAUACAACGGCCACAUCUCCAAGAGCCUCCAGGGUCGAUCGUCACCGAGGCAUACGAUGCAGCUCUGAAAGACCUCCAAAGGGACGUGGAGGGUUUACUAGGACCGGGCAACAUCGACGAAAUACCACCCAAUGACCAAUUUGCCGCAACGCAAAUCACAUUUCAUCCAAUCAAGUAUUACUCGUCUGAACGAAGCAAUCUGAACACCAAUACCAAUGCCUAG